AUGCAUCAGAGGCCCUCAAAUCCUAGCAAGAGCCCUGCACUCGCCCUCGCCGCGAUUCCCGCGGCCGCGAUCCCCGCAGCCGCGAAUCCCGAUCGUGCGAGAAUUUUGGAGAGGAGCGGACAAAUAUCGAGUGAAGGAAAGCGCGCUAUCAGGCUAGCGCAAGAGGCGGCGGCGGGGGAGGAGGCGGAAAGGGGAAGCGGUGGGGCUGAAAUCACUGGCGAUGGUCAACGGGGGGGGUAUGGCUGGCCCCGCGCUUCUGGCGGCGACCGCCGCGGCGGCGGGCGCGUAGGCGCGUGGGCGGCGUUCCUGGUAUGGGGCUUCGCGUUCGUGGCGGCGGGGCUUCUAGUCGCCGUCGGUAUCUUCUGCCUGGUGACCCUAUCGGACCUCCAGCACGAUUACAUCAACCCACACGACAGUGCAGCGUCUAUCAACCGCUUUCUGCUGCCGGACAUGCUCGCACACGCAGCUGUCGCGCUGCUGCUGCUGCUCUUCCCGCCCUCCCUGCUUGGACUUGUUCUCUUUGCCCUCAACGUGCCGCUGCUGCUCUUCCACGCGCGAUGUCUUCUAGCCGGCUCGUACACUGUGGACGUGACAGAAGUUUUUGUGCAGCUGCCCGAGCUGCGCAGGCUGUGGCAGAAGAAGGUGGCUCUGUACUGCAUAAUGGUGCUGCCUGUCAUCUAUAGAUGGGUACUCGCAGCAACGCAUCUGCUGGUGAUCACCUCACAACCAAAGGCGGUGCGCCGCACAGCAUAA